UGGCGCUCGCCAGCGCUGCGACCGCGUUUACUGCAUGAAUGGCAAUCGGACAUUGCCAUAAGUCAGUCGUGUUUACAGUUUUUGUCAAUAGCCAGCCUGUCGCGCCGCCCUUUGUCCAUCUUGGGCGGUGGGAGGCCGCCGUUCCUGAGUCGGGCUCGCCUGGCGCUCACGAAACGACCGAGUGAAUUAUGGCUAUGUGCAUAUUAUACGUCGUGCACGAUACAUACCUAACGUACGCGUAUAUCUAUACUAUAGUGCAGCGAUGAGCGAAGGCUGUAACUACGUACAUAGUUCAAACAAAGCAUUUUGCUCACAAAUCUAUACUGCUAACAUGAACGGCUGCUUUUUACGUUCUUUAUAAAAUUUCGCGUAAUAUCCUCGCUGUGUUUACAUCGAGUCUAUAAUUAAUGUGUUUGAAAACAUCUGUGCUUGUCAUUUGUUUCAAUUAGUGUGCAUUUUGAGGUUAGGCCGUGAUUUGUGCUGAAUUUGCGAAUCGUCAAGAAAUUGGAUACUGCAGUGAGCAUAAAAGUGUAUGUAAGAACACAAGUUUUAUAGAUACUUUGUUGAUAGUGUGUAAAAAAUGUGUUUGCUAAAUACAAACUGUGUUACCAAGGACAGUACAUAAUCUUUGUUUCAACCGUCUAUCCAAUGCAGCAGUUCCACAUUAAUUGGGAGGACGGAGAGGAGAAGCCGAAAGCGGCGGAGAGUCAGGACGAUGGCUACGAGACGAGCAACAGCGGCGAGGCGCGGCGGAAGCCCUCCAGCGCUGAGGGUUCUCCCGCGCCCGUCCCUCCCCGCACCCCUCCGCCUGAACCGCCUUUUGAGCCCCUUUUACAACGGCCCUUCCCCUCCCCCUACCGCCAUUUUGAACCUCCAGCGCCGCCACCUCAUCACGACCCGGAACCAUACCAGCACUUCCCCUUUCCAAAGUACAACCAAGACGCGUACUUCAAACGAGAACCAGAGGCGCCGUACGACAUGAGCCAACAAAUGCCACAUCAGUUCGGUAAACGUAGUGAGGACUUAUACAAUGGUAUCAAGCAAGAGUGCGAGGAUCCUUACUCCUUUGUGGAGGACGAUGCUAUGUGUGCCAUGUUGGGACAGCAGCAUCAUAUGCCGCCGCAUAUGCAACAUCACGAACACCUCCCGCAUCAGCAUCCCCAUAUGCAGAUGCACCCGCAGCAGAUGAUGCUCAAUCAACCGAAGAAACGAGGUCGAAAGAAGAAAAUUAAAGAUGAAAAUGGUAUGGAAAUCAAAACGGAAGGCUUAGAAGGCGCGUUAAUACCAAGACCAGUGAAGGAAAGAAAAAAGCACGACAGAUUCAAUGGAAUGAGCGAAGAGGAGGUGUCAAGACGGACGCUACCCGACCACUUAGCGGAGAACCUCGACAUCAUCAUUAUUGGUAUUAACCCGGGUCUGUUUGCGGCGUACAAGGGUCAUCAUUACGCGGGUCCGGGAAACCACUUUUGGAAAUGUCUGUACCUGUCCGGGCUUACGAGGGAACAGAUGAGCGCUGAUGAGGAUUACAAGUUACUGAACUUCGGCAUCGGUUUCACGAAUAUGGUGGCGAGACCGACGAAGGGUUCUGCAGACUUAACGCGACGUGAGAUUAAGGAAGGUUCGGCGAUACUGUUGGAGAAAUUGCAGACAUUUCGGCCGAAAGUCGCCGUGUUUAAUGGGAAGCUGAUAUAUGAAGUUUUUUCUGGGAAAAAGGACUUUUGCUUCGGAAAACAACCCGAUACGAUCGCUGGGACGAAUACGUACAUGUGGGUUAUGCCGUCAUCAUCAGCUAGAUGCGCUCAACUACCAAGAGCAGCGGAUAAAGUACCAUUUUACGCGGCGCUCAAGAAGUUCCGGGACUACUUAAAUGGAUUAGUAGCACACGUGGAUGAGGCGGAACUGGUCUUUCCUGAUAAUACUAGUAGACGUCCGCAGGAGGAGAUGGAGAUUCGCAGCACGUCCAUCCACAGGCUGACGAUGGAGCCGGAACCGGGUGACACAAUCAUACUAGAAGAUGGAACAGAAGUUCCCCUGAAAAAGAAGAGGGGGAGACCGAAGAAGAUUAAGUUGGAGAAUGGGGAAACUGCGCCGCCCACUCCGAGGGCACCUAGGCAGCCACGCGCUCCGGCAAACUUAGACCCGAACGCCGAACAACCGCCCAAAAAGAAGAGAGGCAGACCGAAGAAGAUAAGGCCGGAAGAGCAACAGUUUUUGAUGCAGCAGCAACAACAACAACCACCGCAGCCGCAGGUGAGCUCAGAUCCUAAUACAAUGCUCCAGCCUCAAUUGUCAUCAAUGUCAUCAUUACCGCACGAGCAGUUCAUGGGUCACGGUGACUACCCUUCGCAGAUGCCAUCUCCGCUCCAGCAAGGGAUGCUGUAUCAGCACCACCAGCAACACCAACAGAUGUCUGAUGGCUCGCCGUAUUAUCAGCCUAAUAAUGGCGGUGGUAUGGACUCCCCACUAGACGUCUCUGGGUCUCUGGGAUUAGGCCGUGCCGGGUACGUGUCCCCUCGCGGGGUGUACGCGUCCCCACGGUCGCAGCCCUAUUCGCCGACACCUCAACGGUUAGCCGCAACUCCACAGCCGCAGGGGCAGGGACAACAGUACCCCUCGAGUCCAGCGGCCUUUUCGGCUCCAUCUCCGCCGCGGGGGUCGUUCGGCUCGCCCGGCGUGCGAGUGGGGGGCACUUUUGCCGCACGCUCGCCCCUCUACGCUAGUUCUCCCUCGUAUCAGCAGCCGAGCCCAGCGCCGCAAUCGCAGCCAAGGUUCGCCCACGAGCAGAUGGCGUAUGGCCGGGAUCCUGGGGCACAGUCGCAAACCGUCCCCUACUCGCAGUCCCCCGUGCCCGCGGUGGGAGUGAUGUCAGGGGGCAACAGUACCCCGUUCCCCGCGGCAUCCCCUGCGGGUGGUACACUGCACUCGUACACUCCAUCGCCGGCUCACACGCCCUACAGCCACCACUCAUCGCCUGCCGCCCCAGCGCCCCUGACGCCCGCCUACACCGAGUCGCAUCACUUCUCACAGGGUGGAGGUUCAAACGGUGGUUCGGGUUCGUACGGCGGUGAAUUAUCACAUGAGAUCGGCGCAGCGAUAUCCUCCCCUGGCGUUGUUUCCCCCGGGAUGGCAACUCUGGACUUUGAGCCGCCCCGGGAUGACGCAAGCCCCAUGGGAAGCACGGAUAUGCAUCCGGGAAGCAAUAGUAAUUCAUCCCUGUCGGAUUAUAAUAAGCAACCCAGCGCAAGCGGGGCGGAAGUGUCACCUGGGCCCGGGGCCUCCUCGGGGGCCUUUAGCAACAUGUACGAGAGGGAGAUGCCCUAUGACGCAGACAAGCCGCACGACUACCACUAUGCGCAGGAGCAGGGUAACGGUGUCCCAGAGAGUCCACGGUUAGACCAGUUACAUCAGCAUCCCUCCAUGUUCCCUAGUAAUUUCAAUAGAUCGACUCCCCCGGUGGGCGAAGAGACUGCCUUCUCUCCCAUGGCUUCUACAGCCUUCAGACCUGCUGAGCAUCAUCAUCCGCCUGGUUCUCCAGCCGAAUACGGUGGUACCGAAAGCGGACCUGGCACACCGAAGCCCAAAAAUCAAGAUGUCUCAGCCAAAAGUCUUUCAGGGUUGGAAUCCCUGGUGGACCAGAUACCCUCAAUCGCGGAGGGGGGCACUGGCGGAGGGGCGACGGGGGGCACAACGGAGCCCCCAGCUCCUGCGGUCCCAGCUUUGCCUGACUACACUCCGGCGCUCUAUCCCCCCUAUCCGGCGUAUGGCACACCUGCAUAUGGGAAUAAUGGCUACGGCGGUCCAUUCGUGGGCUACGGCGGUGGAUGGGGCACGCAGCUGAUGCGGCCUGCCCCGGGCUAUCUCCCGGACUGGCAGUAUGGCUACGCCCCUGGGUAUGCGCCCUACAACACGCCCUACUACAAUGGAUAUGCAGGACCGCCUCCUGCGCAUCAUCAGCAGGCCCACUACCUAUCAGCGAGUCCACUUCUAGACUUGCACAAGAACGCGGAGUCGUCUGUUCCCUCAGUGCCGUCGGUGCCCUCUGUCGGCUUCGGUGGCUUCUGUUAGUGAAUCUCUGCCCUCCACAGUGCAAACAGUUGCUCACUAAGUACGAAGUAUUCCUGGUAAAAGCAAGUUCUUCAUGCUGGUUUGAAAAAACAUUUGUACAGUCUCGAAUGUAACAUUAAAAUUGUAACAAAUUCAUAGUGAUUUUUUACUUCAAAUUAUGUCGCUUAACGAGGCGUUUUUAAAUGAGCAACUGUUUAAUCUGUGCUAGUGUGAUCGCCCCCCUUCGAACUGAUGAGCUUAAUUUGUAUCCUUUAUUUGUAAAUAUUGUAUGUAUUUAUUUUUUCGGAACGCUAGGCAUCACAUUAGUUUCGAGAAGGCCCGUAUUUCUGAACGUGCUUGAGUCGCGUUUGCCUAUACGGCCCUAGGAAUUUUUACUUAAGGGUUUUUUGAAUACGACUCGCGCGGGGACGUCGAGUACUUAAUUUAGUGGAAAUGUCGCCGGUAGAUGGAGCUGCUUUAAAGUAUUAUUUCGUUUUUAAAUACAUUGAUUUUAAAUAGCGCCAUCUAUUGACGGUCUUGGUUCCAAAUUGGAAAUUUAGUGGUGGUAUCUCUUGCCAAUGUUUGUCGCGUUCUAGUCACUUUGAUUCGUGUCGGCUAGUCAAAUUUAACUGAAGUUUGCGACCCCGCGCGUGGCGCUACGGAAUUUUUUAUCUAAGUCACAAGAGCGGCCUAUGAAAAUUUAUUUUUAGUUACGUGGAGUUGGUAUUUACAAAUUUAAGCAUUUUAUACAGAUAUUAAGUGACUUUUCAUCUUUUUGUGAAGGCAAUCCUAAAUCAACUUAUAAACGUCGCUCAGCUUUUGGUCUAAAAUGGAGAGCCGUUUAGUUGAGCGAUGUUUAUAAGUGAGCAUAGUACACACAAAUGAGAUGUGUAUUAUUUGCAAUGUCCCGCUCAUUUUUAUGUUAACUGUCAGUGUCAACUGUCAUCGUGCAUUUUAAUGUUACCCACAUUUUGCUAUUAAGAUUUGCGGAUUUUAAUAACAAAAAUAGCUUCGGAUCGCUAGUGACUAGCAUAAUUUUACAUUAAAAAUCUAUAUUUUAUUAUUCGUGCGCCAUUUUACUCUAAGGAUAUGUUGUACGACUGUUUACGUAUAGAUUUAUUUUCGAGUUAAUGCAUAAUUUAGGGUGCUGUGGGUUUUUUGUUAAUGCUAAAGGUGGGCGGGGAUUUAGUCACACGUCAGUGUUGCCAUUUUUUAUUCUUUAAAUCUCCGCGCAUUUCUAGUUUACUAUUUCCUUGUCUUUAGUACGUUUUUUUCGUGUCACCGUUUGAAUGGGGUAUGGUGUUAGCAAUCUUGUACAAAAUUUCUUUUUGCACAAAAAUAAGUUAGGUAAAAACGAAAACAUACGUAAUAAAGACAUAUACGUUUAAAGCUAGGUUUACAUGAAAGAAUUUAUAUAUUUUAGUGAUGGAAGUCGCGUGGACGGUCGCAAGCCGUCGGUUUGUGCUCAAUGCGUCGCGGGUGUGGCGAUGCCUAUCGGGGCGGUGUUAGAAGCGAAUGACAUUAAUUAAAAAUUUACGGACUAAUUAAACGCGAUAUUGGCCGAUGGAAUUUUUUAUUGUUAAACGACAUAAUACCAAAAAUAACUAGACCGCUAUAGUAUAGGUACAAUAGACAGCACACGCGUGGUCACGUGACUAUUUUGACGGGCGAUGGCGGGUCACGCCUGUCUCCGAAGUGUAUUUGUCUUUGGUAGAUUCAAAGGUAAGAUACUGAGUCGACUUAGCGCUAAGUAUAGCUGUCAUAUGGCAUAAACCUAUUGGAGUUUGACAUAUGGGAGAAAUAUUGUCGCUAAUUACUCUGACUCUUAGUCUGUGGACAUUAUUUAUUAAUAUUGCUCCAACUCUUACGAUUUGUCAAGUAUCAAGAUCGAUUUCACAUUUGUUCGUUAAGGUCCAAAAACAUUCACGUUUUAGCUUUUCCAUACAAAAAUCUAUUAAGGGUAAACCGAUAUGCCAAGAACGUAAUUUGUUUUAAUACCGCCUCUUUCGAGUCCUAUACGACUUUUGAUAAGAACAAAGAGAAGACGUAAGUAGGUUAGCGAGUAGUGGCGUGUAGCGUAAGGUUUUGCAUAUUUUCACUUGUGAUAUUGUAUGGGGUGUGUUGAGCCCUCUUUGUUCCUAUUAGAACACCAUGUAUAUAUAUUAGGUAUUUAUUUCGUGAAAUUCUCGUUUGGCGCAUCGCCGCACUGUUACGCAUCUAUUUAUUCAAAUUUCGGUCAAAUUAUUUUAAAAAUGUAAACAACAGGGUAUUUAAGAUUGCUUAAGAGUUUUAUUUAUUUUAAGUUUCGCCUCGCGCUUACUUUACCGUACUUAUUUUUUUAAGUGUAUGCUCCGACAAUGUAAAAUCAAUUUGUGAUAUUUAUAUUAACUGCCAAAAGUUUUGUUUUGUGACUUUUGUCAUGUCGGUUGGGGCGUUUUCGUUAUGAAGACGUCUCAUGUAAAUAUGAGUGCUUUUUACUUCUUAUAUGUUUAUGCGUAAUUCUUUUUUGUACAUAUUUUUUUUUGAGUACUUAACUUUCUGGUUUCGUGUCGGUUACGAAUAAGGCUAAAUGCGAUUUUACCAAUAUCCCAUUUAAAUUAUUACUACCAUUAUUGGAAUAUGACGCAGGCAAUGUAUGCAGUAGCUACUGAUAUUAACGUUUAGGUAACCGACACAGCUUCUUGGCCUAUUCUCGAAUAAGUUGUGAUCGUAUUGUGUUCCAGUCUCGAAUAUUAGUGUGCAAUGUGAAUCGAUGACCGCUUGUAUUGAACCGUUCGGCGACAAUCGUUCGCUGACUUUGCCGUGUCAGGAGUAAUCUAAGUCUAGUUCUAAGUCUCUAUCAACGAGUUAGUUUAAGUGCGCAACGUUACGUGCGCGCACGCAUUGGCGUACGUAAAACGUUGUGUGCGCGUACGUUGGAUGUACGUAUGCCUGCGUAACGAUGUAUCUAAUCUCUCUAAGUGCUACGGUUCGUUGCGCAGACGUCUACUUGACACCCGGGAAACGCCUGCGCAACUAACAUUGUUAGGGUUGACCAGUGCAUUGAGUCGCUCAACUAUUUGUACAGCAUGUAUAUUUUUGUAAAAUUUCAACUCUUCGUGGCAAUAUCAAAUUUUAAACUCUUAUUGAUAACUAGUACAAUUGUUAUACAGUUUUUGUUUGUUAGAGAUUUUGUUUUGACGCUGUCGGUGAUAAGACUGACUCAUUUUGAUAGUUGCACGACUCACGCUAACGCACUGUCGAAGUCUUUAUUCGGGACAGUUCAUGUCGCCAUCGUUGACCCUUAGGGCCGUACUUAAACAUUAAAUAAAGCGACGCAAUUUUUUAAUUUACGUUUAGGUUGAUUAUACUUGCUUACUUGUACGAGUAUCAAAAAUGAUUUCAAUAGAACAUCCAAAUGGAUAAAUUUUGGAAGCAAACUAUAUUUUUAGAACCUGAGAUGGAUGAUCUUGAGAUGUUUAACUUUAAUUAUUGUUUGAGUAUUUGGUCAUCAAUAAUACAAGACAUACUGCACCCGAAUUUGGGCUCUUGUUGCGCGCGGUGUAAUCAGAUUUUUCUAAGUAAAUAUACCUUCGAAGUAAAAAUUAGUAGAAACCGUUUUAAUUACUUUGUACACCGCGUGUAGCCACUCUUUUUCUUGUUAAGCCUUGGGUUGCAUACGCGGGCUUAGCGGAGCGUGGACUCGCUGAGCCUACGAAUGUAAGGCAGGCGCAAGGGCGUACGACGUAUCGCCAAUUGGUUGUGAAUAUUCGCUUGUCGCCCGUCAGCCUCAUCAACACAGUAUUGCCGAACGCAGGAACUCGUAAGCAAUAAUACUAGAUGUAUAGAGCAAUAAAUACAAAGUUUUCGUUGCCCUUUCGGUGUUGAAAACUGUCUGUGAAUAUUAUGAAAGUUACCCGCGACAGCGCGUGCAGAGUUCCGAAAGGCGAAUAUCGAAUCUAGCUCAAUUUUUUCAUAAUUGUAAUUUAUUCGCUUGUUGUUUGCCGUUUCGAUUUGUUCUUGGCUGGUUUUAGAUAAUACAAUAGCGGUAAUUCGUGGAAUUUUAAGAGUUGAUAGAAUUGAUAAUUUGUAGUUGCUGGUCUCCAGCCUCCAAGCUGCAUAGUACUCAAACGACUCGCAUUUUUAAAUAACGGUGCUUAUUUCUCGUAUGUUUGUUUCGGCGCGACGCGUUGUGGACGGCUGGCAUAUCAGCUAUCGAGAAUAACGUGUUAACUUUAGUCAAUUAUUUGAUUCGGUCCCGCUUCGGCGCGUCGCGUCACGUUAUAAAGUACAAUUUAUCUUUAUCAUUAAUUAAUUAUAGUACAUAAACUGUUGAGCUAUGUCGCAAGUUCUCGUCAGGCCGGUUGAGUGUCCGUUUAUAUUAUACUUACGCUAGCUGUAACGAUUGAUAAUGUUUGUACAGUUUUUAUCGAUACUUCUCGUAGCGUACUAAGCAAGAAAUAUUUUAGUAUAUAUUUAAAAUCUAAUCGAAUUACAUUUUAGUGUAUAAAAUUGCUCGAGUAUUUCAAAUUGCGUUUUUUCAUCUUUGUAUUGUCCUAUCGGUUUUAUUUAUCAUCUGAAAACGAUCCGUAUGUAAUUAGAAAUUUAACUGGAAGAAUUUUAAAUAAAUUAAUACUACAUUAAUAUUAUUUAAGUAAUGUAUUAUAAAAUAGGAAUAAGGUAAAAAGUUAUUAACAUUGUAUGGAAAAUUGUGACAAAAUUAUAGUCAUUUGUAAUAUUAAA